CCGCCGGAAAGGACAAUGUGGACGUUCAUUUCCUGGUUUGUGUCUGAGACAAAGCAUCAGCUUUAAUAACCCUCGUGAUUUUACCUAAAUUACCUGAAUCGCGGCUAAUGAUCAGUUAUUGAGGUCGUAAUUGCUCUGACAGCACCGUCUAAAGAUGUCCGGUAUGUCUUCUUUGUUUCCCUCUGGAAAAUAACAUCAUUGACAGCUUUGCCAUGGAUCCUGCGGGUCUGGAGGACGACAUCUGCAUCCUGCGGCACGAGACGGCGUAUUCCAUCGCCGAGAGCCCGGUGUCGGUGUGCUCCGGCGACGAGUCCGUGGCCUCGCACUUCGCCCUGGUCACCGCCUACGAGGACAUCAAGAAACGGCUGCGGGACACAGAGAAGGAGAACGCGGGGCUCCGGAAGAGGGUCAGACAGCUGGAGGACAAGCUGUAUAAGCCUGAGGGCCCCACCGCUGAGGGACCUCAGUAUGUGAACAAGGCCUUCAGUGCUUACCGGGGCAUCUACAUGGAGAAGAAGGACCUGCAGAUGGAGCUCAACAAAGUGAGAAGAGAGAAGACUGAGUCUGAGAAGAUGCUGACAGAGCAGCUGCAGGCCCGAGAGUUGGAACUCCUGCAGCUGAGGACGGAGGUGGAGACUAACCAAGUGAUGAAGAGUUUGAGCAGUCCGCAAGAGCACUGGCAGGUAGACCAGGUUAACAACGAGCUGAAAAUCUGCGACCUUCAGGAGGAGCUGGACAGAAUGAAGAAGCUCUGCAGCCAGCUGCAGGAGCGUUGCAAGGAGAAGGAAGAACUUGCCAACAAUGUGGCAGGAAGUGGUGCAAAGAAAGAGGAUGAGUUCAUUGCCCGGGAUGCUUGGUUCCUGCAGUCAUACAGAGAGCUGCAGACAGAAAUGUCCCGUCUGCGUGAGGUGACCACACUGCAGGGCGAGCUGCUGAAGAAGCUCAAAGACCGACCGCCCGGCACACACAGACGAGCUGCCUCCACCAUUCCGAUGCAGUGCCUGGAUGACGUGGAGAGGAACAGCCGGAUGAUCAGAAUCACAGCACCGCGCCCCCCCAGUGCCCCCCCAAUCCCCUCCAGCGAUGGCCGUCCCUGCCCCCCCAAGGGCCCCCCCACGCUGCAAGGGCUACCCGAGGACUGCUGGCGAAGCCCCUGGACCAGCCCUAGACCGGCCCCUGUGGGCAGCGCUGCUGUCCAGGCCCCGCCUUCCCCAAGCAGGCUGUCCCUGGAGGACAGUUCCUGGUCCUUCCCCUCUCCCCCCAAACCCAGUGACGCCCUGUUCUGGGAGAGCCAAUACUCCCCAGACCCCUCUACUAAGGGUGCAAAAAACCCCAGCCAUGAACGCGACUGGCUCAGUCCCUUCUGAGACCCCCACCCACCCACACCCAACACUCCACCUGCCUUAAACCCACCCACCCCUCCCCACCGAACCUUGGUUGGGAAUUGCUGAGGGACAUCUGGAUCCCCCUCAUGCUACCAUCGGGUCUCCUGUGACAACGAGGACCACCCAAACAGGAGUCCAGUCCCCCAUUGCAGUUUAGAUACGGAGGGAGGGUGGUGUGAACAGUCCAAGGUGUAGCAGUCAAAAACCCAAGCCAUGAGAACAGGCUGUAACUGACAGAAAGCGCAUUUCUGAUCUCCUUGAUUACUGAGGGUAGUCGCAUUCUUCUACACAUUUGCUACUUUUUUGUUGUCUUUAGUCUUUCACAUCUGAUCCCCCACCCCUCUUUCAGUUCACUCAUGUAGUUAUCCCACUGAAUCUAAAUCGUUUGGACCUGCAGUUCGUUUGGACUGUACGACUGUGGAAAGAAUCUGUUGCACUCUGCUGUUUGGUCUCGUGGCUGAGGUACAUGUGUCCUGUGAUGGAUGUAUUGAGCAUUACAGGCAAAAAAGGAGACGGUGAAGAGAGCAGCUGUGAGCCAUGGGGUGUGUAUACAGUAUGUGUAUUCUGUUGGGGAAGGCCUUGAGAAACUGCUCCUCUGUGCCCAGUGGCAAACGAGCAGUGGAACAGACCCUCCCCCUUACUGCACCUCAUCUAAUACAUGGCUUUUGUGGAACAGCUACCAUUGCCCUAGGGUCGCCACCUUUAGCUGUCUUCUGAUAUUAAUGGCUACCAUUAGGUCACAGUCUAUGUCUGACCUUUGACCUCCUGACCCUAGAGAAAAGAACACUCCUUUACUGUACUGUAUUCGGUAUAGUGGUCCUUUUAUCAGUCAGUGACUGCGGCUGUAUCUCGUCCAGUGACCCCUCCAGAGCAUUCUGUGCAUGUAAUAACACUGCAGUGCAGACAGGAGGCGCUUCUGCUCCAGCCUAUGUAACACAGGCCCCAGCUGGGCAGCAUCCUGCAUUUCAGCUCUGUUCAUCUACAGACCAUGACUCUGGCCCACGUUUCUACAUGUAGUGUGUGAAGAAAACCCUUGGAGAUGAACACCAAAUGUAAUGAAAGCAAAUGCAUGCUCUUAAAAUACUACUCUCUUCCCCAGCUAGCUGGCUGCUUUCCGGCUGCUUUCUGCCUUAUUGCUGGCUGUAUAUUGUAUCCAAAGCAAUAAGCAGUCACGUUUACUUUUUUGGUAGGAAGGAGCUCUCCGUAGAUGGGAAACAUCUUCAGCAUGUCCAUGUGAAUACGUAAUUAAGCACCUGCUGUUUUAACUGUGUAAAAAAAGCAUUACUGCAUUUCAUUACUAUGUUAUGAAAUGCAGAAACCCAAACAUCACCACUAUGUUUCGUCGAGUUUAUGCUAUGUCUUGAGGUCAUGUGUGCACCAGUAAUUACAAACAGUACAAUAAUUUCUCAUUCAAAAUUACUGCUAAAACUGGUGGUGGGUCUCUGCAGUUUUUUUUUUGUUUACCACCACGGUAUCUAGCAGACACAAACUCCCAGAUCUCCCUCUCUCACAGAGGUAGAGGCAUCCCAAUAAUUCACUCAUGAGUUUCACUGGAAAGGUUAGGAUGGCUUUUAAGACAUAACGGGCAUUAUUGUCUUUGCUAGGGUUUGGAUAUCAUUCUUGCUGUCCAAAUUGAUGCACUUUUCCCAUCACAGGUUUGAAUCAGAGGAUAAUACAGGCAGUAUUCAUGAAACAUUAGUGACAUUGAUUAGGAUCGAAUAAAACCUGUACAGGACUGAAAUUAAGGAGAAAUAGCUUUAAACGUCUGAUUUCCUGGAGUGAUUAACAUGACAGCAGUUCUAUGCGCUAGGAAAAAAGGUUGGUUUUAUUUACAAAAGGUGAAAGAUUCACAAAUGCAUGGUGCAUUCUUGAGGUGGUUCCUUCGGUCAUCUCAGAUGAAUACUUCCUGUCAUAUCCUCUGUGAAGCCCCCUGCUGGUUAAUCUGGGAAGUGCACCAAUGCUUUAAGGUUUGGUCAUGGUGUUUUUUUCCUAAACCAGUCUAUUGAACUGCCUGUUGAAAGGCGUUAUUAGGAUUACUUUUAUCUGUGGUAUAAUUUUAAUGAAUGAAUCCCAAUUAAGUGUUUUGUCAGAACAUUGAUCUUGCAGGGGCAUUUCCCAGCACACACCAGUCUUCAUUCUGUCAUGCAUACCUCCAGGGUCACACCAUGCACAUGACUGGUGCAGUAAUACACAGCCAACGCUGCAAAAAAAUGGAAAUUCUGUGUUCCAUUUCAUGAUGUUUUCCCUUGUUCUCUGAACUUAUAAGGGGUUGAUAAAAUGGUUUAUUUUUAUUUAAUUUCCAAUUAUUUACUAUUCUAUGUUUAAAGCUGCAGGAGCCUUUUUUCUUGAAGUGUUUUUGUUUGCGUUUCAUUUACAUCUGUUGAGUUCAAUAAUACUGCGGAAAGAUUUGUGAAACCAAAUGCAAUGUACAGUAGAUAUAGAUUAUAUUUUAGAACUACUCCACAAGACGGUUUGUAAAUAAUUGUAAAUUAAAAAACUUAAUGUGAAUA